GUCAGCGCCCCAGGGCCGGGCACAGACCGGCAGCGCUGCUCGGAUGGGGCGGCAGAGCCGGCGCGGGAUGUGGCAGCUGGGGCUCCCCUGGGCGCUGGCCCUGCUGGUGACCGCGGCCUGCUCGGCCGAGCCCCCGGACCCCGCGUCCAUCUUCGCCGACCUGUCCCCGGCAGAGCUGCGGGCCGUGCGGACCUUCCUGAUGGAGCGGCCGGAGCUGGGGCUGUCCCCGAGCCGGGGGGGCCCCCUGGCCAAGAACUCGCUGUUCCUGGUGGAGCUGCUGCCCCCCAAGAAGCGCGGGGCGCUGCGCUUCCUGGAGCACGGCGGGGCGCGCCCGCGGCGCGAGGCUCGGGCCGUCGUCUUCUUCGGGGCGCAAGCGGAGCCCAACGUCACCGAGCUGGCCGUGGGGCCCCUGCCGCGCCCCAGCUCCUACCGGGCCCUGGCCUUCAAGGGCGGCCGGGCCGUGCCCUUCUGGGCGCGGCCGAUGACGCGGCUGGAGUACGAGCUGCUGCACGAGGCGCUGGUGGCCGCCCUGGCGCCGCUGGAGCCGCUGCUGCUCGAGGCCACCGGCUUCGGCUUCCAGAACUGCUCCGAGCGCUGCCUCACCUUCUCCGACAUCGCGCCGCGCGGGCUGGGCCCCGGCGAGCGCCGCACCUGGCUGAUCAUCCAGCGCUUCGUGGAGGGCUUCUUCCUGCACCCCACGGGGCUGGAGGUGCUGCUGGACCACGGCGACCCCGAGCCGCGGCGCUGGGCCGUGCGCCGGCUCUGGUACAACGGGCGCUACUUCGGCAGCGUGCGGGAGCUGGCCGAGAGCCACGCGCGGGGCGCGCUGCCCCUGGCCCGCCUGCCCGCCGAGGCGCACGGCGCCAAGGUGUGCGAGCCGCAGGGCCGGCGCUACCGGCUGCGCGGCAACCGGCUGGAGUACGGCGGCUGGAGCCUGGCCUUCCGGCUGCGCUCCUCGGCCGGCCUGCAGCUCUUCGACGUGCGCUUCGGCGGCGAGCGCGUGGCCUACGAGCUGAGCGUGCAGGAGGCCAUCGCCUUCUACGGCGGCCACUCGCCGGCCGCCAUGCAGACCAAGUACAUGGACGCCGGCUGGGCCAUGGGCGCCUCCAGUUACGAGCUGGCGCGCGGCGUGGACUGCCCCGAGACCGCCGCCUUCCUGGACGCCCACCACCUGCUGGACGCCGACGGCCCCGUGCGCUUCCGCAACGCCCUCUGCGUCUUCGAGCUGCCCACGGGCGUGCCCCUGCGCCGCCACUUCGACAGCGACUUCCAGGGCGGCUUCCACUUCUACGCGGGGCUGGAGGGACGGGCGCUGGUGCUCAGGACCACCUCCACCGUCUACAACUACGACUACAUCUGGGACUUCCUGCUCUACCCCAACGGCGUCCUGGAGACCAAGGUGCACGCCACCGGCUACAUCCACGCCACCUUCUACACGCCGGAGGGCCGGCGCUACGGCAGCCGCGUGCACAGCCACCUGCUGGGCAACAUCCACACCCACCUGGUGCACUACAAGGUGGACCUGGACGUCGCAGCCCACCAUGAUGGCUUGAUUGUGGGGUCACAGUCUUCCAUGGGGGUGGCAUCGCUGGAGCGGCCCGCGCCGCGCUACCUGCUCUUCUCCAACCCGCGCCGGCCGAACCGCUGGGGCCACCGCCGCGCCUUCCGCCUGCAGCUCAGCUCGCACGCCGGGCCCGUGCUGCCCCGCGGCUGGCGCGAGGAGCGCGGCGUCACCUGGGCCAGGUACCACCUGGCCGUGACACGGCGCCACGAGAACGAGCCCAGCAGCAGCAGCAUCUACAGCCAGAACAACCCCUGGGACCCGCCGGUCACCUUCGAGAGCUUCAUCCGCGACAACGAGACCAUCGAGGACCAGGACCUGGUGGCCUGGGUGACCGUGGGCUUCCUGCACGUGCCCCACGCCGAGGACAUCCCCAACACGGCCACCCCCGGCAACGCCGUGGGCUUCUUCCUGCGCCCCUUCAACUUCUUCAGCGAGGACCCGUCGGUGGCGUCGCGCGCGCCGGUGGUCGUGCGGCCCCUGGACCCCCCGGCCUGCUCCCGCCUGCAGAUCCUGCGCUGGGCCCCGGCCAGCGCCGCGCCCUGCGCGCACCCCGAGCCCUUCAGCUACAACGGCACCUACCGCCAGGUGUGACACGGGGACACCACGGGGACACCACGGGGACACGGGGACAGCGGCCGCGGGACAGGUGCUGCAGAGCCGCUGUCGCCUCCCUGAGCCCGGCAGCACGGGGACACCGGGGCACCGGGCGUGGGACGCGUCACACCGUGUCACACGCUGCCACGUGCCAGGCCAGCACGGGCGCUGUCCCCUCCUCUGGCCCGGCACCGUGUGGGACCCCAGUGACACCGCGGUGUGCCACCCUGUGCCACCUGCCAUGCCAACCCUU